UAAAUUCUGCCAUUAUGUAUCAAAAUCUUGGAAAUCUUGCAUUUCCUCGAGACAAUCCGUGAAGAAUCCUUUUAUCGAUGCGAAGUAUGUGUUUGAUUAAAAGAAUGAUCAAAAAAUGAUUCUAUAUAGUAGGAUCCAACUUCAAAUAAAAGGAAGAUGUCAAUUUUAUGACGAUUUUUAACUAAAUAUUUCGAACGAAUACCAUCAAAAAAUAAGAUUUAUCGUACUGAUAAAUUCUUCUACGACCUAUAUCAAUGUAUAGUGCAAAAUUUUGCACAUUGUAGAAAAAAUAUUUUCGAUACAACCUUGUAUCUCUUCCAUUGCGUUUAUUAAAUUAAUUUCAGAAUAUAGUAACACAAAUAUCUAUCAUACAUACAGAAAUGGCCGAAGAAAAUAAGAAGGAUACCAAAAAUCAAGUAGAAGAAUUGUACGCAUGGAUCUCUAAGAUUCCACUUUCAAAAUCAACAAAGAAUUUAUCUAGAGACCUUUCGGAUGCUGUAAUAAUAGCGGAAAUCCUUAAAAUGUAUUACCCUCGCUAUGUUGACCUCCAUAAUUACGUACCAGCCAACAGUUUAACUACGAAGAUAGAAAAUUGGAAAGUGUUAAAUCGAAAAGUACUAAAUAAAAUUGAUAUGAAAUUAACUAAAAAUGUUAUUAAUCAGUUAGCAAACUGUCAUCCUGGAGCUGCUGAAAAUAUGUUAUUAGAAAUAAGAAAGAAAAUUAUAAAAGAUGGAAUUGAGCCCAGGAAUCUUCAGAACCUACCACAAAAUGACUCUAUCGAAGAAGGCAAUAAUAUAAAAGUUACGGCAAAGUUAUCAAAGAAAUCAAUGUCAAGUCCUACUAGUCACCCAAUUUUGAAGGCUCUUGAUUGUAAGAGAUCAAUAUUUACACGCGCCAGAGAAAUGUUCUACUUUAUAUUGGAAUGGCUCAUAAGUUGGUUAUACACCUGGAAUUACUUUCAAAAUAUAAAGUUUCAAUUAGAGAAUCAAAAUUCGUUGAAAGAAGAUGCCGAGGCGUCUAGAACACGAAGAACAUCGGAGAAUAUCAACGAAGAAGACGCUGUUCCUCGUCACGUAUACGCGCAAUUAAGACGAAAAAUCCGGAAGAUCGACGAUAUUAUCUGCACCCUAAAUCACAAGCUUGCGUACCUUGAGAGCACGAUAAAGCUGAAAGACCUGCGAAUAUCCAACUUAACGUCGGAAAUCAUAGACAACACUGUGGAAUCCAAGCAAUUUGCAAAAAACCAAAUAAACGAUGCACAAACUUCGAUCGCAUAAUGUUCAGAAAAAAGUAAAAAUAGAGAAACAGUGCCAAUGAUACUAAAUAAAUACAAUUACCAUAGAACUAAUUAGGAUAUUUGUCGCUUUAUUUUUUUUUAAAGAUGAUAUACAUUAAUUCUCCACGUAUGAUAUAGAUAUAUUAGUUACAAUCAUAAAAUUUUUAUGUACCUCUACGUUCACAUAACUUCAACGAAACGUUUAGUGAUAAUUUCUUUGUAUAAUAAUACUCGUUUCGUAUACUCCUAAUUGUGUAUAAUCGCU